AUAGACAGCAGAAGUUUGAGGCGUCGCGCAGAUCGUUCAGAGAGCAGAGCUCGCCUCACACCUGUUACACGGCAGCUGAACAGAGGGAAACUUUGAUUCUUACUGUCACUCACCCGCGAGAUAUUAACCGCGUGACGAUUCCUGCACAAACCGAGCUCGUAUUAUAAUUUUACAGUUUUCUCCCUCGCUUAAGAUCGAGAAGUUCAGAUCGUGAGGCGCUACUUUGCAGCGACACCGAAGCGAUGGAGCCGUCCGUCAUCCCCGGUGCCGACAUGUCCGACCUCUACUCCAUUAACCCGUUUAAUGUUACUUUUCCUGACGACGUGAUGGGUUUCGUUCCUGACGGGAAGAACUACACCGAGCCCAACCCGGUAAAGAGACCCUCGGGAAUCAUCAUCGCCAUUUCCAUCACUGCUCUUUACUCCGUUAUCUGCGUUGUGGGACUCUUGGGAAACAUCCUAGUGAUGUAUGGAGUGGUCAGAUACACAAAGCUGAAAACUGCCACGAACAUCUACAUCUUCAAUUUGGCACUGGCAGAUGCUCUGGCCACUAGUACACUUCCUUUCCAGAGCGCCAAGUAUCUAAUGAACACCUGGCCCUUUGGUGAACUUCUUUGUAAAAUUGUUAUAGCCAUUGACUACUAUAACAUGUUUACCAGUAUCUUCACCCUCACUAUGAUGAGUGUGGACCGUUACAUUGCCGUGUGCCACCCUGUGAGAGCACUUGAGUUUCGUACCCCCAUAAAGGCCAAAAUCAUCAAUGUGUGCAUCUGGAUUCUCUCUUCAGCUGUUGGAGUACCAGCCAUGAUCAUGGCAGUUACCAAAGUGACAAACCAAGGUGCAACUGUCUGCAUGCUGAAGUUCCCUGAACCAGACUGGUACUGGGACACAGUGACAAAGAUUUGUGUGUUUAUCUUUGCAUUUGUGGUACCAGUGCUAGUGAUCACAGUCUGCUAUGGUCUGAUGAUCCUACGUUUGAGAACUGUCCGUCUUUUCUCAGGCUCAAAGGAGAAGGACAGAAACAUGCGUAGAAUCACUCGAAUGGUCUUGGUAGUGGUGGCUGCCUUCAUUAUCUGCUGGACACCCAUUCACAUCUUCAUCAUUGUCAAAACACUUGUAGACAUCAGCCAAAAGAACCCCUUUGUGAUUGCCAGCUGGCACCUGUGUAUUGCACUUGGCUAUACCAACAGCAGCCUUAAUCCUGUCCUCUACGCUUUCUUGGAUGAGAAUUUCAAGAGAUGCUUCAGAGACUUCUGCCAACCUUUCCGAACCAGAGCUGACCAGAAUAGUCUUAACCGAGCCAGGAAUGCUACAAGGGAGCCAGUGUCAGUUUGUGCAUCUUCAGAGGCAGGAAAGACACCAGUAUGACUAGGCCUGGAGAAGAUCCCAGGGGGGUCCCAGUCUAGAAGAGUUCAGCAGGACCUGCAAUCCGAGGUAACUCAAAUCUCCACUACUGAAUUCUAGGUACAGAAUGGAAGAGACACUUCCUACAUCUUGGAAAGCAUAUAGCUCCACAGUACUCAAUACUAUCUCAAGUUUUGCAUAUUCAGAAGGUAACCAGAGAAACUGAGUUGAGCAGCUCCUCUCCUGCACCAUUUAUUACGUAUUAUUGUGGACUGGCUGUAGUAUUCUUUUGGAAGAAAUGCUAACACAAUGAUGAGCCCCUUCUGAGCCCAAUAUCCAAAACAGGGUAAUUAAUCAAGGUCUGGUGGACUUUCAGGGACUGAAAUCUUACGGGUUCUGAGGAUAUAACCCAAUUCUGAAUGAAGG